UGGUGAGAAAUAAUCCCGCCUGCGCCACUCAAGUAAACAAGUAGUUGGAUCCGUAAAUUCGCACUGUUUUCCGCAGCUGCUCCACUUGUCUUGUCCUAACCAUGCCUUGAUCUGAAAAGUAACAAUGGGGAGAAUCGACUAUUUGGCUAUGAAGACAGAUCAAGAAACGGCGGAAUUGCUCAAUUCAGAUUUCAAUGAACUCAAGAUGGCUGCCAAGAAACUUAUUGAUCACGCUACCAAAUUGGGUGGCCUUGGCUUUGGCACUUCUUUACUCAAAUGGGUUGCCUCUUUUGCUGCCAUUUAUUUGUUGAUCCUAGAUCGAACGAAUUGGAGAACAAACAUGUUGACUGCACUUCUGGUUCCUUAUAUUUUCUUUAGUUUUCCUUCGGGAUUGUUCCACUUGUUAAGGGGUGAGGUUGGAAAAUGGAUUGCUUUCAUUGCAGUUGUACUAAGGCUUUUCUUCCCUCGACAUUUCCCAGACUGGCUGGAGAUGCCCGGUUCGUUGAUUCUUCUUUUGGUUGUUGCUCCAAAUUUCUUUGCUCACUCUGUGAGAGACAGCUGGGUUGGCGUCGCAAUAUGCCUUGCCAUUGGUUGUUAUCUGAUGCAAGAACACAUCAGAGCAUCUGGUGGAUUCCGCAACUCCUUCACACAAAGCAAUGGCAUCUCAAACACGAUUGGCAUUAUCCUCUUGUUAGUGUAUCCCAUUUGGGCUCUGGUAGUCCGUGCUGUCUGAAUCUUUAAGUAAAAGUAUUUGCUUUUUUUUCCUAUUUGUUGGUUCCUUGGGUUGUAAAACUGAAUGUAGCCAAAAUAUUCAUUCGAUGUGACUUUCACUUGUUAUUCUCAAGAAGCUUAUGAUUCUGCUUUGGAUAAUUAUCAAUUCUUU